ACAACAUUCUAUCUAUCUUAUCUAUAACUUACUAUAUAUCAAUCUUCUCCUCUUACUAAAAUGAAGAGCAAGUUCAUCAAGUCCUGCGAAAAGAAACUGAAAAUGAUGACAUGCAAAGUCAUAACCCCUUGUACGUUUUGCAAGACAUGCUGCCAAAGAAUUUACCAGGCGUUCGAGAAGAAAGCUGAGGUGAUACCAAAGGAUGUCCCUAAGGGACACUUGGUUGUCUAUGUAGGUGAGGAGUCCAGGAGGUUUGUGAUAAAGAUCAGCUUGCUUACACACCCACUCUUCAAGGCAUUGCUGGAUCAAGCACAGGAUGCUUACGGUUUCAGUGCUGACUCCAGACUAUGGAUUCCAUGCGAUGUGAGUACCUUCCUCCAUGUUGUGCGUUGCGCUGGUGCUCCACGGCGUCAGAACAAGUGCAUGUGUAUCUAGGAAGGUUCUUGUACUGGGAACUCGAGACAUUCAUUGAUUUAUCCGGGUCCACGUUUCCCAAAGAGAAUGUUGGUUAAUGCUAAGCUAUUGCACUACACUAAGAAUGUAAAACUUUUUGUAUUGAAUGUCAAUA